CGCCGGCCCUGAGAAGAUCCCGGAGCAGAGAGCCAGCAUGGGCUUGGGGACCGGCACGAUGAGAGUCCUCCUCCUUCUCCUGGAUGUUGGAGGAGCUCAAGUGUUUACAACGGGCAAGUCAGCUGGGGCUGAACCUGAUAUCAAAUAUGCCAUCAUUGGGAUGGCUCUGGGCAUUUCCAUAUCGGCUGGCUUCCUGGCCCUGAAGAUCUGCAUGAUCAAGAAGCACUUGUUUGAUAAUGAAUCCUCAGACCUGAGAAACACAAAUCCAGGCUUCAAUGGUUAAACCUCAGUUUUUCCAAAAGCAUCUGCCCAGAUCUGUGGUGCAAACUCUACACAAAGUGGCACUCUCCCUUAGAUAUGCAUAUUAACCUAGGGGAAUGAUUUCUUCCCCUUUUGCCAUCAAAGUAGAUGA